AUGGCAGGUGCUUCAGAAGUGUCCCCGCUGGAUACAGUGCGUCUUGAGAAAGAAUAUGAAAAGGCAAUCGCGGACUCGGCGCGUCUUUUGGACACCGAGCGAGACCGCGUGCGACGGAUGGAGUAUCUGCUCCUUCAAUUCGAGCGCGAUGCCCUACAAGCGAAGCUCGACCAAGCCAACGACCGGAUACAUGGAUUGACACAGGCCGAGUCCGAGGCGCGUCUUCAAUUGGAUGAAGCUUUCCAAGAAAUCGAUCACCUAGACCAGUCUGUCCAAGCGUCAUCCAGCGAGAUCCAGAGGCUGACGGAAGAGCUUUCAACACGUAAUAAUACCUCAACCGGCUAUAGCACCCUACAAACGGAGAAGAUGCAGCUUUCCCGAGAGUUAUCCAACACCAAGUCAAAACUAGAGCGGCUACAGACUCAGAAUACCUCCCACCAGGCUACGGUGGCCGAGAAACAGGCAAUGGAGCGGCAACUGAACUCGGUGGAACUUCAACUGGAAAACGAAAAGAAUUCGCACGAGCGGGCGCGAGCGAAGAGCUCCGAACAAGCGACACAGAUCACGAGCCUUUCAUCCAAGAUUGAAGAGCUCCAAAAUGAACUCGUAAGAGAGCAACGAGCAAAUAAACAACGCGAACGAGACGAUCAACAGCAGAAUGGGGGAUGGGAGAAAGAACGAUCGGUACUGGAGGGAAAGAUUGAAACGCUACGCAAGCAACUCCGAUCGACCAAGGACAAACUCCACGAGGCCCAGCAAGACUUGCUGCAACGGCACAUCAUCGCUCGCGGUAACGAAGUGGAAGGCGCCGAAGCAGGGUCGCGAAGAGUUCCCCUCCAGCGUCCGGGACCCAGCGCAGAGUCUCAUGGCGUUGGUAUGACCAUCGCAACGCCGGGAGCUGUGAGGGUACAGGAAAAGCCGAAGAGGCAAUCCGCGCUGCCGGGCGACAAGUCAGCAUUUUCCAUUACUCCAUUCCUGAACCGCACUGGCCCCGCGCCUCGUGAUACUCCGAUCAGCUCCGACGUGGAUGAAGAUGAAGUCAAGCAAGCAAGGAAAGAAAGUCGGGCUGCGAUGCGUAAACCUAGCGCCGUUGAUGAACCGAAUGAUGGAAAUUCCUCCCCGGGCGAGCAGCCGCCCCCUAAAGCGAAAUUAGCCGCAGCGAAGCCACGGGCACGAGCUGCAAAACCUGGCACAUCAAAAGGUGCACAUGAUUCGAACCAACCAGCGAGCCGUCCCACCAGUAAAGUUCCCCUCAAGGCACCCGAGGAACCAUUGAAUGAUCCUCCCCCAGAGCAAGGACAGGCGAAGACUAAGAGGCGGAAACUCGGGGCUCAGCGAGAGCGUAGCCUGUUUGAAGAUGAGGAUGAGGAUGAUAUCCUUGGCCUCCGCAAGCCUCGAAAGUUGGCUCUUGGUGGUGGGCGACAGUCGGUGCUUGCGGCGCCUCUGUCCACUUCCUCGGGAGGAGAUAUACUAGCUCGUGGUGGGGGAUUUGGUGCAGCUAGGGCAUUUUCACCUUUGAAACGAGAUCGUAUGCGAUAG